ACCCAAACUCUAACCCCAAUUUCACCUUCAUUGUCAAGGUCCUGACCUUCAACCGCCUCGAAUCUGUUACUCGCUGCCUUCGUUCCCUCGCUGCUGCCGACUAUCUCACUGACAAGGUCCAACUCCACGGCUACAUUGACCAUUUUGCCCUCAGGGAUGCAUCUUCAAAUGUUGGUCAGAAGUUGAAGGAGUCACAUCGCAUUUUAGAGUUUUUAGACGGGUUUGAGUGGAAAUAUGGGGACAAGCUAAUCCAUUACCGGACUGCCAAUGCAGGCCUGCGGGCCCAAUGGUUGGAGGCCUGGUGGCCCAGCUCGGACAACGAGUUUGCGUUUGUUGUGGAAGAUGACUUGGAGGUCUCACCGCUUUAUUACAAGUUUUUGAGAAGCUUGAUUGUGAAUUACUAUUACAAUGCCUCCAACUAUCGUCCAUACAUCUACGGGGCUUCGCUGCAGCGACCAAGGUUUGUCCCAGUCGACUCGCUCUCUGAGUGUCGCUCCAGCUCUCUCUGUCGCUCCCGCUCUCAGUCUCCCUAUCUCGAUUUUUCUGUCUCUUUGAGGAAUCUAAGGGAGGAAGAAAUUGAAGAAUUGUCCACGCUGUUCUUAAGGUUGGAACACGUGGUGCUGGUUCAGAACAGAAGUGACACUAGAGCAUGGAAGUUGGAGUCCUCAUGAGAAUUCUCCUGUAAGUCAUUCUCUAGGCAUCUGAUGGGUAACCCCCAACCAACUCCCUACUCUCCCUCCUUUGUAAUAUGGAAAGGUAAAGCCCCUCAUAAGGUUAGAUUAUUAGCUUGGCUAAUCAAACAAGGCAGAGUCAACACUUGCGACUUGGUUCAAAGGAAAAGACAUGGCUGGUACUUUUCCCCUAACAGGUGUGUCAUGUGCCAAAAAAAUAGUGAAACCGUAGAUCAUCUGUUCUUGUUAUGUCCUAUUGCUGCUUCCCUGUGGGCUAAGCUAUUUCAGGAGGCAGGGCUAACGUGGGGGAACUACGCAACUUGUAAUGCGGUGCUGGAAGCAAGACUGAACUUUUUUGGCAGUAAGAGGAAGAGAUCAGUGGUGGGAAAUUGUGCCAUGAUGGCAAUAUUUUGGGUAAUUUUGGGGAAAGGAAUAGGAGGAUUUUUUAGGAUAUGGCUGGAGAUGAGAUAGAGCAGCUUUGGGAUCGUAUCCGAUUCUGGACUUCAUUUUGGGUUUCUGUUUCAGCAGAGUUUAGGGAGAUUAGUUUUCAGCUCAUCCAUCUAGACUGGAAAGCAGUAGUCUUGUAGUGCAGAGGGUUACCCCUCUAAUUGUUUGGUGACCUCCUUGGCCAUCUUGUGUUUUGUUGUUUC